UUGCGCCGUGGUUUCAUCUCAGUUUCGCAGCCUCCCUUCCGCGGUCCGCAUCAACUCUGCUGCCGCUGGCACAGAGGUGUGUCGUUUUAUCCGUGUUUUCCUCGUUGUAUUUCGCUUCUUAAGUAUUGUAACCGAUCGCGUUCAAACGUUUAAUCGUGAACAGGCAUUUGCGACAAAACGGUCGAUCGAAAUUGAAGAGAAAACGGUGUCGCGAAUCGCGGAGGAUUUUGGGACGAGUGACGAAUCGUCCUUGGCGUGUAACUUUCGCGUUCACCGUUUCCCUAGAAACAUGUUACCGUGGGAUAGAUGGUUCGGCGACGACUAGUAGGAUAAUGGUGCGCGGUGCGGAGGUCCCGACGCGUAUAACUUGAAGGCGAUUCUCCCGGGAGGAAAGCGAGAAUGAGCGUCGCUCGGUUGCCCUCUAACAAACACCACCAGAGUUGUCGUCUACGCCGGUGAAAUUGAACCGAGGCUCAGUUGGUGGCUAUACAGGCAGGAAGGGUUGCAACGCAGACAAGGAUAAGCAAGUUUCUCGUCCCCUCGCGAGGAUUUCUUUGUUCGGCCGAAUUUAAUCCACUGGUGAAGUCCGGUUUAAGGGUGAGCGAUCACCGUCAAUCCGAUCAGGAGUCAUGAAGGAUUCACCUGUUCUCGUCGGGAAUUAGUUUUGACUUGAUGAUCGUUCCUAUCGUUUCUCCGACGAACGGGAAAACGCGCGAAACGCAGAUCGUAUUGUAAGCGGUGGCCGUUGGUUCAGAGAUUGUUUGUAUGUGUAGGCACGUGCGUAUGAUCGUUCGUUAAUUGGUCGACAGGAUGCCGAUGGAUCCAAUUAACUGGUCGCCUUUAAGGAGAGACCGGCUAGAAUCGGUUCGGUCGAGCUAAUUCUGUUCGGAUCGUGGAUUUCAGUUUCGCCUAUUAGCCGUUGGAAGAGAUGCGGAGCACGAAACACCGGGUUCACGAGAUACGAUCCCAGGUCGUUUGCAUCCCGAACCUGAAGGGGUUGUCGCGUGGCGAACGGAUCUAAUCAGUGCAGCUUAAGUCCAAAUUGAAUAGUUAAUUGCGGACUGUACGCUGGAUCAUGUCCUUCGAACCAUAAACCUGGUCCCGAGCGAUCAAUCGAAUUGAUGACCCGGAACUAGUAUCGUCUGAUAAGCUGCGGAAUAAUAACGGCGUUGCGGUUAUUCGACUCGUCGGUCUCGGACUAAAGUGAUAUGCGAGCAUAAGGGGUCGUCCGUGUUAGAACAAUGACGAGCGAACUGAACGCGACGAAGGUCGAGAACGCGACCGCCGCCAUGAAUUUCGUAUCAACGAUGUCCUCGUCACCGCCUAGCGCGGCUGCAGUCGCGAUUAGCGCUGGUACAGCAAUUCCAACUAAUCCGUCCACGACAGUAACGGCUGGAGCUGCGGUCACCAGCACCGCUAAACCUGACCAUCACGUCUACAACGCGACCAACUAUCUCGUGGAGCAGGACGAGCUCGAUCACAGUAUACUCGCUGGUUUCUCAGACAUACAAACAGUUUUUCUAGCGUGUAUCUUUACGCUGCUGCCGUUGAUCGUCACGGUGGGAAUCGCCUUCGGCAUCAGGCACGUGUGGAGGAAAUAUCGAAACAGACGAGACAGCUCGAGUGGAUUGCCCUGGUACAGAAGCAUCUACUCUCGAGACAAUACCGCUGAAUCCUUGCAUCAUCGACCUCACUCGGGAAGCACGACCAUUCAGUCUGCCACGAGGAUUCUCUCUGCCCAGGACCUGGUGAAUGGUCUCGAUGGACCGACGUACAUUCGCGAGACCGAGGUCAUGGAAGAAGUAAACGCAGCCAGCGCGGCCCCAGCAGAGUACACUCCUCCGGGGAAUCAUACUAAUAAAAAUGCCAACGGGAACAUCAUCACCCUUACUCUCAAGAAUAACCAUCUUAUAGUGGAGACCGAAGAGAGGGCAGUGACGAUGGAGGAUAAUAAAAGUCGCAGGUACCAAGAUAACGGGUGCUCGUUUGUGGUGGAGGUUCAGCCGAGUUAUCAAAACGACGAGGCCGAAACUAAUAAAGGAUCCUCGGACGAUCUGACCGCCGGCCUUACCGAUCAGCAGGCUUUGGUUCACAGAGAGGAGGUCGCGGAAGAUGGAACGUCAGGUUUCGAGAACGCGAGAUUAUUCGGAAGCACGAACACGGGAUUGUCGCAGUCGGAUCUGUCGAUCUCUAGCCAGGGCUCGGUUAAUCCCAGUUACCGUUAUGGAAAUCAAGUGGAGUACGACGCGGCCCAUCUGGGUUACCCGAUGUACGGUGGUAGUUACGAAUCCGAUAGCCUGUCCCGGAAACUCGAGGGCGGUUCCAAGUGGGUAGAAUUCGAUAAAUCGCCCGACACCGAGAAAACCUUGUUGAACGUGUCCAAAACUUCGAGUAUGGAGAAAGACACCGACGAGAGCCCAUCGAUAACUGGGAAACAGAACAAUUUAGACGUAUCCCAAGGUUCCGGGGGUUCGAUGGAGCAACAGGAUUCCACGGACGCCAGUAUUUCCACGGACACGGUUCGCUCGAACCCUAAUCUCCAAGUGAAUGGUGCCACUCCUAACAAACUGGAAAUCAUGGAGCAGAAGGCUUUGACUAACGACUUUGGCAAAUCGGAAACCAACAAGCCGGUGAUAACCGGGGCUCUGUUAAAGGACGACAUCCAGGAAGACACGUUUCAGGAACAACAAAGGAAGCUGGGUAAUGGGACGCUAACGCCGGAGCACAAGGAAGACAGAGCGAAGGAUCAAAAGCCGGAAUCGUGCGCGUUUGUGCCGAGUCAUAAGCGAAGCGGAAGUAUUCCACCGCGGCUGAUCGAGGAGACACGGGACUUGGAGCUGGAGCCAAAGAAGUCGUUGGACAUUUACAGUCAGAUCAAGACCAGUACCAAAAGCAUACUUCCGGCAUUGAGUCCAAAAUUCGAGCUCCUUCAGAACGAGGUCAGUCCCAUUGAGGAGAAAGAAAGUUAAUAGGGGUAGUUGUCCCUAUUGUGAAUCGUCUCGAGAGAUGACAUCGAACGGUCAGGGUAAAACAUCGACCGAACCCUUUUUGAGGUCUUCAAACGGAAAAUCAGGAGAAAUGAACGAUUAUCUACGGGACAGCGAUUUUCUACGAGAAUUUUCGAAUUCCGGAGAGAACUCUCUCCCUCCGAACAUUCGUACGAAGCCAAAUCAAAAGAACAGCCACGGGUGGCAGCGAGCUCGAAUCCUGAAUCAGGAAUCCCGCUUUCAUUCGCGUGGGAAACGAUUUUUAUUUAACGACAAAACUCAUUGUAGAUAUCUCAUCAACGUCUAUGGUCGGACCCUUUACGGGCAUACCUGACGAUUUCAUCCGAGGUUCGAAGAACUUCCGCAAUAUCGGCGAGACAGCUGUACCGUGAGUUAUACGUAUAACGUGUUCCAGUGUGUGAAACAGUGUCGCUCGAAGAGAAUUCUCCAUGGCAAAUAAAGGAGCGGCGAAGAAGAACGAUAAAAAACGGACGGACGAGUCGCGUCUGAGUUUGCCUACCUAUCUACCUACCUACGAACCUAUGAUAAAAUCAUCGAGCGAGAAAAUCACGGCACCGGAUUGAUGCAAGUUGAAGCGUGUGGCAGGAAGUUGGUACGGUGACCAUAAGCAAAUUGGUUGUAUCCAAGGGAAACCGUGUUUGAUAGUCCGCUGCCGGCAGAGGCGCUUGGAAUUGACAAUAUAUCCUAAUGACUCUCCGCCAGUUCCCAGCUCUUAACUCACCCUCCCUCCCCACGCGCAUCCCUCGCUGUUAUCUCUGUCUAUCUUUCCGUCCCACUCGUUUCCUCCUCCAGAUCUCCGCUUUCUGUUCUCUCCCGUACUCGUGCGCUUCGUUCCCGCCCGCUAAAUUUACCAAAGCGUGGAUCUGCGAACCGCGGAGAACAAUCGUCGACUAACGAACUCGGCGCUCCCCGGCGCGGCGUCGGGGAUUCCGCGUUCGUGACUGUCUGCAUGCGGCGACCGCAACCGCAUCCGAGGGAUGGAACACCGCAGUUGUCCGUCGCGCACACUUGAACCGACCGUCGCGUUUCGCGAAACACGUUGGAACAUAAACCUGGCUGGUUGGGGUGAAAUUGUUUGCCGAGAGGGUUGGACCGUGUCUGUAUCGCGCGAGGAAAAACUCUUGUUGAAAUAGAGGGAUAACCAGACUCCAGGAAAUGAAAAGAACCCGCAGGAUUGACAAUUGACUAGGCAAAAGUAGAAGUUCCGCUAUUAUCGAAAAGAACAGAGGGUUGCUCUGAAUUGGUUUCUCGAUAUCCAUGAGAACAGAAAACCGUCCUAAACGUCAACGAGCUAGCUUUCUCCGUCACUUCUUUUAUGACCACGCAUCACUCUUUCCUCCUGGAAAUUUUGAUGAUCCCUUUACAACGCCCACUGACACCGAGAUAAUCUUCGAGCAAGAUGGUAACGUCUUAAGAUGAACUUGGAAAGUGUACUCAAGGGACGCGUGCAUACGUGUAUCGCAGUUUAUAAGUGACUCUAUGAAACACGCUUGUCACGUUUCGUCACUCAACUAAAAACAGUUUUACAAAACGAACCAGAUUUGCUAACAAUUUUCUAUUGUCCAACAACGUAGAUACGAAAUAGCUGAUAAUUAGGCAUCGUAAGUGGAGCGCCAAUUACGUGAGUCGAAAUCGGUAGAUAAUCUUCCGAGCGUCGUCCUCGAUGUUCGUCGAUGCGCUGUGCUUACGAAUUCUCUACCGAUGCGAUGCGUCACACGUUAAACGACUCUGCGAAACGUUGGCAGAGAAUUUGGCACUAGCAACUAACGUCGAUCGAGUUAGCAGGUCUUGUACGCCUGAACGCAGUUCGGUUUAAGAUUUUACUCGGAGAUAAUCAGUACCAGUAAACGAAUCCUAGGUAUAGGUAUACUUGUAUCCGUAAAAAGGGGGAAAAAAAUAUUACUUUAUGUUAAGCACGAGGUUCGCGACUCGAGAAAGUCGGUCAGAGGCUUAAGAUUAACGUUAUGUGGAUUCUAGUGCCAAAAUAGUUCCUUAAGGUUGCUCGAGGGUAACUCGAAGAACGUAAUGACAUGCCAGGCGACUAUGUACUUGAUUAUUAUUAUCUAUUAAUUGUACGUUUCGUGCAGAUGCUGCGUUACCAAUAUUUCAGAUUUUAUACGCUUCCGUUACAUAGUGCGAACGUUGUUGUUGAUAUGGUGCUAUUGCGUAUGUGAACCUACGAGACAGGGGACGCUCGACUAAUCCUUUAGCCGCUUCUGCGUCUUCGUCUCUUCGUUCGUCUCUUCGUUGACUCUCGCGAGUUACCCUGUUUUCUCGACGAGAAUCGAUGCGACGCAACGUCCUCCUAAUUGUACUUCGGAAAUAAGCAGUGUUGUCAUUUUCGAAAGAUACUGUUUUAAUUCUCGACCAAACGCAAGGAGCAGCGUGAGUUUAAACCGAUGAUACAACUUUUCGUAUUCCUUUCUACCGUAAUUUGCAUACAAACCAUUCGGAAACCGUGAAUCCAGGACUCGCGUACAUUAAGAACCUUGAACAGUAUCGCUUCGAAAUGACAAAAGACUCUGCGCCCAAGAUACGAUCCUUCACGUAUUCGCAUAUUGAAGCCAUUAUCGAACCCGAGCCGAUGAAAGCGAUUAAUUGUGAGAUACGUUUAUCGAAAAGUAUAUCCGAUGGAUUCGCCCGCUGGCAUGAGCGAGUCGUCCAUACAGAAUAAUAGAGUAAUAUUAUAGCGCAUAUCUAGGGACAAAGUACGAUACUUAAGAAUAUAGCACGUACCUCACACGAUCCUCAUAACAGGGAAUCGGUUGUUCAUUUCCGAUUCACACGUACAUACCCCUUUACCGCCCCGAAUCUUUCCCGCUUUUACAUUCGCUAACGAAGUACAUAAGUCUAGUUUCCAGGUUCAAUAAUUCUCGUGCGACUAUUACCAGGUGGUAUUAGAGGUCUAACUGUGAACAAGUAUAAGUUUUAUAUAAGACUUGAAUGUCUCGCGUAUAUUUCUAGAAAUAUCCUCCUUGCAAGUAGUUGGCCCGCAUAGCGGACCGGUCGAUCGAGUAUUUAGGUCGUCCCUGCGUCGAUUUUCAGCGCUCUAAAAAGCCCAUUAACACCUAGUACGAGAACCGGAGGAUUUUAAAGGGAGAUGAGUCGCGUCGUCGAUGGAAGACGGGCCUCGAGAUCGGCGCGGGGACAAAGUUGCCUGCACUUUGUAAGAGGAACCGUUCUCCGUUCUUUGACGUAACGCUCUGGUAUUCUAUCGCAUCGCGCAUCAUCAGUUCGUAAGGACACUUUAGAGAUAAUUACUUGUAGAGAUUCGUCGAAGUAAGACUUAAUUAACGAUUAAGCAAAACGCGGAUCCCGGAAAGAUCCCGGCACACAACCGUUCCAUAUGAUCAAUUAAAAUUCGAAUCGUAGUGAUUAAGCGAGUGGUGAAUAGAGAGCAGUCAGUUAAAAGGGGAAAAGGAAACCGUAGGCUUGGACGAUAUCGAGCUUUCACAAUAUCACCAAUUAGGUUUUUUCUCUCGUUCAUAUAAGUUCCCGGCACCAUCUCAUCCAACCAUUUGUCCUGACGCGCCUCUCUCUCUCUCUCUCUUCGAGGGUGACGAAUCGAAACGAAUCAAAGCCCGAAAGUAACUUUCAGUCCAUCGCGCUACGUGUCUGUACGCUGCUGGUGGCACAUGUCUAAGUCUUUUAGAAUGAACGUGUGGAUAUUCAUUUUUCGCUAAAGUACCACAUUGUAUAUGUCAAUUUAUUUUGCAAAAUAAAUUAUUGGACACGA